AUGAUAACAGCCAGAACAGUGGUGCUACUGGAAAAUCAGAUUCCGAUGAACCAGCCACUGAAAAUAGAGGAAGAAGCAAGGGCAGAAAAGUUGGAAAAAAAAAACAAAGAAACAAAAAUCAACCCUCUCAAAAGAGGAAACAAAAGGAUGGUAACACCUCAAACAAUUAUUAUGAUUAGUGCACUCUUUUGGAGUAUAAGGGGUGUUAGGUCUAAAAAAAGGCCACUCAUAGACUCAAAAAUCUUGGUUCUCAUCAACAAUAUACAGUUUGUAGCUAUUUUCGAACCUUUUGUUGCAAAGCAAAACAUAGAUGGUUACAGAAAAUUCCUUGGAUAUCAACAUUGCCUGUCUAAUUUAAAUGGGAAAAUUUGGUGUUUUUGUAGAAACUUCAUUCAAGCUGAUCUUAUUUCAGAGAAUGAUCAGCAUGUCAUUAUCAAUAUGAAAAAGGCUUAUGAUAAUCAGGACAUCUUUAUUUCUGCUAUCUAUGCUAAAUGCACUGCAGCUGAAAGAAGAGAUCUUUGGGAUAGUUUGGAAGAAGACAGUCUGAAGGUUGAUGGUCCAUGGUGCAUUGAGGGUGACUUUAAUGUUAUCUUGGAUCCAACUGAAAAGUAUGGGGCUCUAACUUCAAAUGGUGCAAAUUGUACUAUUAGACAUUUGGCUAGGACAGGUUCUGACCACAAGCCUUUGUCAAUGAAAUACCAAAGCUUCAACUCUACUCAUAUCACUUACUUCAGAGAGCAAAUUGGUGAUUUAUAUGAAAAUGCUUCCAAAUGGGAAGCAAAGCUCCAGACACUAGUAGAAAUAGAUAUUCAAGUGAAUACUGAUCAGAGUAGGCACGAAGUUAACAGAGCCCAUGCUGAAUACAUACAAUGGAUGAAGUUGCAAGAUUCCAUCCUCGUUCAGAAAUCUCAAGGCAAAUAUUUUGGAGAAGGAGACGGUAACACUAGAUAUUUUCAUAGCAUACUCCGGGAGACGAGGAGGACACUGAUUCUGUCCAGAAUAAAGAUCAAGAGAGGCAAAUGGAUCAGGGGAGACGAGAAAAUCUCCAGGGCAGCAGUAAAACAUUUUCAUUCCCUUUUCAAUCUUCCACACCCUUCUAUUAACUCUAACAUUCUAUUGUGUGUUAUGCCAGAUGGAUUAGAGAUUAAAGAGGUUGUUUUCAGCCUUAGUGCUUUGAGUUUUGCAGGUUCAAAUGGAUAUAAUGGAACAUUUUUCAGAGCUGUUGGGAUAUUAUCAAAGAGGACAUCAUUGCCUUUGUUCAAGAUUUCUUUAGAGGAAAAACGUUGA